AUGAUCGAAACCCCGGCGAGCCACCGUCUACCUCACCGUCUCCGCCACAACCAAUUCCUAGAAGAAGCAAUCCAUGUGUUGAAUCACAAUCCUGAAUCUUCCAAUAGAGUCGCUGCUAAUCAAUGGCUUGUUCAAUUCCAGCAAACUCCUGCCGCUUGGGACGUCUCUACUUCUCUUCUCACUUCUCUGUUUGUCUCUCUUUUCGACCUCCAAUUCUUCGCUGCCCAGAUUCUCCAUCGAAAGAUUCAGAACGAAGCAUCGAAUCUUCAAUCAACAGACAAAGACGCUCUUCUCAAUGCCCUUCUUCUCGCUGCCAAGAGAUACAGCUCCGGUGUUCCUCAGGUGGAGACGAUUCGUGAGACUAUUGAAGAUGCUGGAUUUGAAGCAUCGUUGAUGGAAAACGAGGCGAAUGAGAGGUCAAGACAAGUUUGCAGGAUAAGAAUAAACGGUAAUUCACCGUCAUCCACGAGAAUUUACCCACCGGUACGCAUCCACGAGAAGAUAUUCACCGUCAUCCACGAGAGGGUAUCCACCGAUAUGUAUCCACGAGAAGAUUGA